AUGCCUUUUAAAUCAUCGACACCGAUCGUGAGUGUAGAGCUCGACUCUAUGAAGACCAUCGACACAGGAAAUGCGGAAAAUCUCUUUGGCCUAUGGUCAGUCUUCUCGAAAUGCGCAGACUCAAUGGAGGACGGAAAGCGACUGGAGAACUUGAGUUGGCGGUUGUGGAAUCGGGAAACGUUUUGCUGCGCACCUGACCACGCCUCACCAUCGCUUUCCGCCCGCUGGCCGCAUCUGCUCCCCAGUCGUCAGCCGCAACCAACAACCACAUCAAAUCACGAUCUUCCCGAGCUCUCCUCUUCGGCUUCAUCCACCGCAUCCGACGCCCUGGUCACUCCAUAUUCAUCGCAAACCUCAUCACGACCGCAUCUCCUCCGACAAGACUCGGCCAUCUCGCGCACGAGCUUGAAGCACAUUUCUCCAAUCGACCUACAGAACAUUGUCACAUCGAUCAAGAAGGAUAGCGAGAAAGAAAAGCCCCAAUUGCCUCCGCUUCCGCCCAAGCCACCCCAUUCUCACAUCAUCCCCGAAUCUUCCACCUCAACGGUUGCCACGACGCUGAACAGCGUUACAUCCGGCAUGAGUCCGCACGCGCCCUCGGAAGCCAGCACGGCCUCCACGGAAUUCAGCGCCACCAACAUCGUCCGCGGUUUCGAGCCAGGAAGGAUAUCCUCCUCGCUGCGGUCGAAGACCCAUUUAGCGGUGAACCCAUCUCCAUCCGGACCGACCAGCAGCCUUCGAACACCGGCAGCCACCGCACAAUCCCAACAGAAGUCGAAAGCAAAAGGGGCUACAUUUCAGCUCGGCGGCUCAUCCGGGUCCGACGAGGAGAACAGCUUCAAGCAUUUCACCGGCCACAGCUCGCUUUCCGACGGGCUGAGGAAGUCGGGCGUUAAGCAAGCGAGCUUUAGAGAAGAUGUGAAAGUCCGGACCUACGAGCAAGAGGAUGUUUUCGAAAGCGACACAGAGGACGAGGAUCAAUCGUCGAGUGCCAUCGAGGACGAUGAGAUGGAAGAUGGUGAAUGGGAAGAUGCAGAAGACGACCACAGCGGCCAACCCAGCUUCAAAGACGAACAUAUGUUCCAGAGAGUGGAUUCUCGGGCCAACUUGAGGUCGCGGCCUUCGCUUCUGACGGCGAUGAUGCACGAGAAUGACCGAGCCACCGCGCUUCAAAAUGCCGCCUCACGUUCCACCCCCGCCAUCCGUCGCUCCCGCACCAGCUCUCCGAACGGUCCCUCGUUCCCUACCUCUCCACUACCCGAUGCCUCCGCAUCCGACUCCAACCCAAUUCAAAUCUCUCGAUCCAAACCAAUCAUUAUGACCACGUCCAACACCCACCAACCUGCUCUCUCUCCCCGCACCACCCGCCGAAACAUGCUCAGCUCCGAGCUGACGGAGUCGCUUCGGAAGAACCUCCUCUGGGAGCGACAACAGAAGAACUCGACCACCAACGCAGCACUUAAACGACGACACACAUCCAACGAUAUGCGCAACUUGCGACAGUACCCGGGUGAGCCUGCGCCAGUCGCGCCAUCAGGGCUCGGGGUAAUAAAAGAGACUACCAACAAAUACACGAGCUCCUGGACGAACAACCAAACCGAUUUCUUCACUGCAGGUCCUGAUGAUCUCCACGAGAGGGGAUGGUAA